AGCCGGUCCGGGAAAGCAAAGGAGCUGGCCAGCACGAGGGCAGCGGAUCCCCUCUAGCGACCACCCUCCCCCCCCCGGGAUCUGCAGAGAAGAGGAACUAGGAAAAUUCGCACCCAGCUUCCCCGGCUGCCGGCGAGCGAGGGCGGCGUGGAAGGUUUUGGAAACGGUCCCCCGGCAUGCCGAGCUAAAGGCUGUAAGUCACCCCGUGCAUGGAGCGGACUGCUUCCUCUCCCCCGGCCCGACGGAGCUUGAGACCCCCAACCCGGGCGGCGGAGCCGGACGAGCGUGGGAACGCCGCGCUUUUGGUGGAAGCGAUUGGACUUUUCGAAAACUUUGUUCUGAGGUAGGAUUCGAAGGCGCCACGAUUGCCAUGGAGCCAGAUCGGAUGCGGAUCGAGCCCUUUCUGAAGGGGGCUUCGGGGGGGAGCUGGAGGCCCGGGGUGCCCGUGAUCUGACCCCCUCCUGCGUCCUCCCCUCCGCCGUCGCCCCCAGCAGAGCUUGGGGAGGGGGGUUCCGCGGAGCGCCGGGACAGCUUCCGAGUUGGCCAACAUGAGCUCCAGGCGGCGGCGAAGCUCCCGACCGACUCUGGGGGUGGUGCUGCAUCUGGUGUGCUCCUGUUUCGGCAUCAGCUCCAUCGAUAGCGACCGUCCCGGGGACGGCCGGUGCCAAGCCAUCGAGAUCCCCAUGUGCAAAGACAUUGGGUACAACAUGACCCGGAUGCCCAACUUAAUGGGCCACGAGGACCAGCAGGACGCGGCCAUCCAACUGCACGAGUUCGCCCCGCUGGUGGAGUACGGCUGCCACGGCCACCUCAAAUUCUUCCUCUGCUCCCUCUACGCCCCCAUGUGCACCGAGCAGGUGUCCACGCCCAUCCCGGCCUGCCGGGUGAUGUGCGAGCAGGCCCGGCUCAAGUGCUCCCCGAUUAUGGAGCAGUUCAACUUCAGGUGGCCCGACUCCCUGGAUUGCAGCAAGUUGCCCAACAAAAACGACCCCAACUAUCUGUGCAUGGAAGCCCCCAGCAACGGCUCCGAGGAACCGCCCCGGGGAUCCAGCAUGCUCCCUCCCAUGCUCUGGCCCCAGAGGCCCCACAGUGCGGGUCACGACCUGACCCAGCAGAAGGACGGACAGGGCCGGCUCUCCUGCGAGAAUCCCGGGAAGUUCCACCACGUGGAGAAGAGCGGUUUCUGCGCUCCUCUCUGCACCUCCGGGGUGGACGUCUACUGGAGCUGGGAGGACAAGCAGUUUGCGGUCAUCUGGAUGGCCGUCUGGUCCAUCCUCUGCUUCUUCUCCAGCGCCUUCACCGUCCUGACCUUCCUGAUCGACCCCCAGCGCUUCAAGUACCCCGAGAGGCCCAUCAUCUUCUUGUCCAUGUGCUACUGCGUCUACUCCGUGGGCUACAUCGUCCGCCUCUUUUCCGGGGCGGAAAACAUCGCCUGCAACCGAGACAGUGGCCAACUCUACGUCAUUCAAGAAGGUCUGGAGAGCACGGGGUGUACCUUGGUCUUCCUGAUCCUCUACUACUUCGGCAUGGCCAGCUCCUUGUGGUGGGUGAUCCUGACUUUGACCUGGUUCCUGGCCGCGGGGAAGAAAUGGGGCCACGAGGCCAUUGAAGCCAACAGCAGCUACUUCCACUUGGUGGCGUGGGCCAUCCCUGCGGUUAAGACUAUUAUGAUCCUAGUCAUGCGCCGGGUUGCAGGCGAUGAGUUGACGGGCUUGUGCUAUGUGGGCAGCAUGGACGUCAAUGCGCUGACCGGCUUUGUGCUGGUCCCUUUGGCUUGCUAUCUUGUUCUGGGGACCUCCUUCAUCCUUCUGGGCUUUGUGGCCCUCUUCCACAUCAGGAGGGUGAUGAAAACGGGCGGGGAAAACACUGACAAGCUGGAGAAGCUCAUGGUGAGAAUCGGUGUCUUCUCCGUCUUGUAUACUGUGCCGGCCACUUGUGUCAUCGCUUGCUACUUUUACGAAAGGUUGAACAUGGAGUACUGGAAGAUUUUGGCCACCCGGCAAAAAUGCAAGGUCAACAGUCACACCAAGCAUCUGGACUGCACCAUGAGCGACUCUGUUCCAGCCGUGGAGAUCUUUAUGGUUAAAAUCUUUAUGUUGCUGGUGGUGGGCAUCACCAGCGGGGUCUGGAUUUGGACAUCCAAAACUCUGCAAUCCUGGCAAGGGGUUUGUAGCCGGAGGAUCAAGAACAGGACUGGGAGGAAAUCCGCCGGCAUGGGGGCAAGUGGGGGUCUUUACAAAAAGUCCCAGCCUUUGCCCAAAGUUCAUCAUGCAAAGUAUGAGCAACCUGCAACCUGUGUGUGACCAGAGUGGACUACAAGAUCUUAAUAAUAUGACUCAGAAUAUUUGGAAAGCAACAGAAAGAGAUUCCCAAUCACCAUAGCAUUCAGGACUACUAUUUCUUUCUUUUUUUUUUUUUUUGAAAUAUGCUUUUUUAGAACCUCUGUUGUCUUAGCAAACAGCAAUAAGAGAGUUGAAAUCUUAAAAUUCAAGAUCAGGAGAUGGGGGAAAAAAUUAGUGCCUCGAAUGUUAAACAAACAUAAGCACAUCUAUCUAUCUAUCUAUCUAUUAUCUAUUAUCUAUCUAUCUUUUUUCUUUUUCUUUCUUUUCUCUCUCCUCUCUUUGCUAGUUUUACAUGCUUUGAAAAACUUUAUUAAAAAAACCUUCCUUCCUUCCUCUCCUUCCUUCUUCCCUCCCUCUCCUCUCUCUUAGCUUUCACGUUUUUACAUGCUUUGAAAAACUUUAAUAAAAAAAUCUUCCUUCCUUCCUCUCCUUCCUUCUUCCCUCCCUCUCCUCUCUCUUUAGCUUUCACGUUCUUACAUGCUUUGAAAAACUUUAUUAAAAAAACCUCCUCCUUCCUUCUCUCCCUCUCCCCUCUCUUAGCUUCCAAGUUUUUACAUGCUUUGAAAAACUUUUAAUAAAAAAACUUCCUCCUUCCUUCCUUCCUUCCUUCCUUCCUUCCUUCCUUCCUUCCUUCCUUCCUUCCUUCCUUCCUUCCUCUGUUGAUUGUUUGGCCAGCCUUCUGUGGUUGAAAAACUUGGUGUUCUGACUUGUAAAUAUUGGAAUAUGGUUUGCUUUAGAUUUCUAACCCUUUAGAUAUAAGUACUGUAUUUGUAGAACUAUUUUUUUUUAAGAAAAGAGAAAACUUGAAAAAGAACGUUAGGGAAGCAACCGGAUCAGAGAGAAACAGAAGUCUGCAUUCACCCUGAAAUCUUUCCAAAGCAGAUCCUCAUUAUUAUUAUUAUUUUUAAAAAAAGCCUUUUACAUGCAAGAUGGUUUCUUAAAAUGGUCUCUUCCACAAAAAAUAAUGUGCAAUACAGUUUUUCCUGCUUUUCCUCCCUUUGCUCCCACAACCCAGGCCUAUGCCUUGAAAUACGAAACAAGUUUCCAGACAUAAAAGCAACAGAAGGGAAUCUUUUAACAAAAGAACAGAGGGGUUCUAGUCCCUAGGAACCCUUCAGAGUUACACUUUGUGGCUUUUUAAUGGAAAUCGGACACGUUUGGAGAAGGAGGGAGGGAGGGCCAGCCACUGAAAGGAAUCUAAAGGAGCUUAUUGACUCUUUCCCAUUGUUAAAUAGAUUCUGUCCAUGAAUAGAUCAAGGAAACACUCCCCGUUGUCCUCCACCCGCUCCAUCCCCAAAGGGAAGCCAGGGCACAGGGGUGUGUGCCUGCUGUGUGUAUAUCUAGCUUUCUCUAUUUGUAAUAUAUAGCUAUUUUUCAUGCCCUGUUUUAUUAAAACAUGUCAAGAGAGAGAAAUAAAACAACAUGGCUUUUA